AUGAGUAGCCCUCGCCGUAGAAUAGAGACAGAUGUCAUGAAGCUCAUGAGCGACUAUGAAGUCACACUUGUUAACGACAAUAGUAAGCGUGUCUUCGAAAUGUCGAUAUCGACCCCGCUAACAGCUACCAGUGUAUGCCCCUCCUCACCACUGGUAACUUCCAGCGAUUCCCUGACCGAUACUCUCAGGCAAGAGUUCUAUGUUAGGUUUAAGGGACCGGCUGAAACUCCAUUCGAAGGCGGAACAUGGAAGGUCCAUGUCGAGCUGCCCGACACGUACCCUUACAAGUCUCCAAGCAUUGGCUUUGUCAAUCGCAUCUUCCAUCCUAACAUUGACGAGUUGUCUGGAUCAGUGUGCUUGGAUGUCAUUAACCAAACUUGGUCACCCAUGUUUGAUAUGAUCAACAUUUUCGAGGUCUUCCUCCCCCAACUUCUACGAUACCCCAACCCGACCGACCCUCUCAACGGCGAAGCAGCAGCCUUGCUGAUAAGAGAACCCAAGAGCUACGAUGCUAAAGUCAAAGAAUACGUCCAGAAAUACGCCUCUAAGGAAGCCGCAGACGAAGCCGGAGCCGAGAGCGAAGAUGACGACGAGCUAUCCUCAGUUGCCAGCUUUGGCGACGACGACGACGAGCCAGCAGGCCAAAUGGAUGAUGUAUAA